AUGGCUGAUUCGGCGAAAGCGGAUUUCCUGCAAGGGGAGUUUGACGACGCCAUAUUCUCCAUGACAGACUUUGAGAGCAUCACGUUCGACGCCAUGGGCGACAUGGGCCUGGCAGACGACGGUCUCGCCGCCAUGAGCGCCGCAUUGAACGGACUGUCCGCCACGAACGCCGGUCCUGCUACAAACGCGGGGACGUCCGGCGGUGGGGGUGUCCCUGUGCUGCCAGACGCCGUCCACGCGCCCAGCCAGCACGAGCCGUGCAACGACGACGUGGUCUUUAAGGAGAACAAGGGUGAGGCGCUUGAGGGGAGGACUACAGGAGAGGUGAAACCGAGAACUCCAACCGCUAAGUCAAAUCUAAAACGGGUCUUUGAGCCAGCCUAUAUGGAGGACGGAGAUGGGGCUGGGUUUGAAGGUGGUAAUACCAUGAGUGCCGGUAACCACAUGAAUGUUACAGAAUCAGGGGAGCAGCAAGGGGGUAGGGUAGAAGGAGUGCGCAUGGCAGGCGCUGCUGCUGCCACGUCAUCACCUCAAGGUUCCAACGACAGCCACACGAUGAGCUCGUCUCCUCCUUCGGCCUGCAAGCCUCUGCCGUCUCAGGCUCAAGGCCUUACACAGCCUCACAACCACCACCAACAGCAGCGCCAGCACCAACGCCAACACCAGCAACAGCAGCAGCUACAGCAGCAGUACCAGUACCAUCACCAGCAGCAGUUGCUGCAGACGCAGCAGCAGCAGCAACAGCAUGUGUCGUCCUCUGGUCUGUCGGCCUCCGCGUCUGCAUCUGCUGGUCAAGUUCAGGAGAGAGGGAGGGUGAUGAGUCCGUCAGUCUCCCACAGCAGCAGGCACGGCGGUCAGGCAAUAGCAGCAGCCGCAGAAACGCAGCAGCAGCAGCAGCAGCAGCAGGCGAUGUUGCAGCAGCAGCAGCAGGCAAUGUCACAGCAGCAAAUGAUGUUGCAACAACAACCGAUGUCACAGCAGCAGGCAGCGGCACAGCAACAAGCCAUGGCCAGACAUGCGUUUCAGAUGGCAUCUUGGCAGGGACACAUUGCAGCAGGGGGACAAGGGCACAUGGCAGGAGGAGGACAACCACAUAUGCAAGGUGCCAUCAAUCAGUCGAUGAAACAGGAGCAGCUCGAGGGGCAACCAGUGGGCGGGGGAGAAGGAGUAGGACCAGGGGACGCAUCAGGAGCAGCAGUUAUUGGUAGCAGCACAGGAACAGCAGCAAUGGCAUCUCACCUAAUGCAAACCGCAGCCACCACCACCAGCACCGCCACUGGCACCACUCUCCCUGCCCUCCGCCCCAUCAUGCCCCCUUCCUUGCGCGGCCUGCCCAACCUCCCAGGCCUGCCCCCGCCCUUUGUCUUUCCCCCCGGCAUGCUCCCUGGAAACGCCACUGGCGCUGCGUUGCCACGCCCCCUUUCAGUGGGGAGCGUGGGAAGCAUGGGGGGAAUUGGGGGCAUGGGGACCAUGGGGGGGAUGGGAGCCAUGGGGGGGAUGGGGGGCAUGGGGGCGGGGAUUGUGGGCGCUGGUGUUUCGUCUCUCCCUGGUUUACCGGCGCUUCCAGUUGGCAUUGCACGCCCUUCUAGAACAGCUGCAGUUGCAGGCAGAAUUGCUGGUGCUGCUGAUGGUGGUGGUGUUGCUUUGCCCGGCCCAUCGUCCAGAGCUGUGGGUUCAGGGUCGGGGGGAGUGGGAGGACUGGGUAGGGCUGUGCCUGCCUCCCCCUCUGUUGCAUCUGUGCCUGCUGCUACCGGCACUUCUGCUGCCAGUGCUGCUGCUGCUGCUGCCAUGGCUGCUUCUGCGUCUGCUGCUUCUGCUGCUGCUGCAGCGGCUGCCGCUUCCGGCCCUGGAGAGGGGAGCACAGGGGAGCAAGGGGAGGAGGCACAGGGCCGAGGGGCAGAGAGAUUGAGGGGGGCAGGCGAUGUAAGAAGUCCAGGCAAGGCAGGAGGAGGGGCAGGAGCCGGGAGGGACGGAGCAGGAGGAGGAGGUACAACCGGUGCUGGGGGCUCAGGGAAAGGGGCCGAUGGGGCAGAGAGCUCUCGUCGUGUUGCAGGGAACCCAAUCAUGCAUGUGGGCAGCCAUGGCGAUGGGGAUGGGGAUGGUAACCACAGCAAUGGCGAAAGUGGCAAAGGGGAAACUGGUGAUGGCGAGGAUGGUGAGGAGGAUGAGCUGAAACCCCUCCCAUCCCCCAUCCUGCGUGCCCGAAGGGCUAUGGGCAUGGGGGCUGGCAUGGGCGCAGGCAUGGGCAUGGGCAUGCACAUGAGCAUGGGUAUGGGGAUGAGCAUGCAGAGGAGCUUUAGCAGCCAUGCGUUGGGGCAGCUGCAAAUGCAGCAUUUGCCCGGCCUCCCGCCGCUCCCCCCAGCAGCAGCAGCGGCGCAUCUGGCAGGGCAGCACAUGCCUGUGGGCAUGGAGGGGGGGGUCAUGGGCAUGGGCGAGGGGUUAGUUGCAGGAGGGGGAGGGUCAGCAGGGAUGGGAGGCAGCAUGGGGGCUCCGAUGCUGCCGUCGUUUAGCAACAUGAGACGAGCGCACAGCACAGGAGAUAUUCAGUCCCUGGCUGCAAUGCGCUCUCUAGCCAUGGGCUUCGGCCACCUCGCAGCCCCACCUGGAGCAGCAGGAAUGAGUCCCUUUGAUGACCGUACCGGCAUGGGACUGGGCAUGGGCAUGGGUAUUGCGGGUAUGGGGGGUAUGGGCAUGGGCAUGGGGGCCAUGGGCAUGGGCAUGGGAGCGGGCAUGGGCAUGGGAAUGGGGAUGGGGGUGUUUCGAAUCGGACGGUAUACGUUGGAGGAGCGGCGGCUGCGGAUCAUGAAGUACCGGCAGAAGAGACACGAGAGGAACUUCACCAAGAAGAUCAAGUAUGCGUGUCGUAAGAACCUGGCGGACAGUCGGCCGCGCGUGAGAGGGAGAUUCGCUCGCAACGACGAGAUUGAGGAGACCAUGGCGCUCACACCGUUCGGCAACGAUCCGCUGUUUAACUCGCUUCUCCGGCUGUCGCACAUCCCAGACGAGUUCAGCACUCUCUUCGACGCUCCGACAUCAAGAUUCGUGAGAGACAGCAACGCAAUGGCGUCUACAGCCGUUGACGUGAAAGAGACUCCCGAGGCUUUCAAAUUCAUCGCGGAUCUCCCGGGCCUGAAGAAGGACGAGGUGAAGGUUCAGAUCGAAGAUAAGAAUUUGCUGACUAUCAGCGGCGAGCGGACCCGGGAAGUUAAGGAAGAGACGGAGAAGUAUCACCGUGUGGAGCGGAGCACUGGCAAGUUUCUGAGGCGAUUCCGUCUUCCUGAUAACGUGGAAGUGGAUAAGAUCGCGGCGACCUCGGAGAAUGGUGUUCUCACCGUGACUGUCCCAAAGUUCAAGCCUCCAGAGCCGAAAAAGCCGGCUAUUGUAGAUAUUCCCAUCAACUAG